AUGGCGGGCGCGGCGGCGGAGGAGGACACGGAGCUGCGGGACCUGCUGGUGCAGACGCUGGAGAGCACCGGGGUGCUCAAUAAGAUCAAGGCAGAGCUGCGAGCAGCUGUUUUUUUGGCGCUAGAAGAGCAGGAGAAAGUAGAGAACAAAACACCUCUUGUGAAUGAAAGCUUGAAAAACUUCUUGAGUACAAAGGAUGGUCGCUUGGUAGCUGGCCUUGUUGCAGAAUUUCUACGUUAUUUCAAUCUCGAUUUUACAUUGGCUGUUUUUCAGCCGGAAUCAAGCACACUCAAUGGCCUUGAUGGUCGAGAAAACUUAGCUCGAGAUUUGGGAAUUCUAGAAGCAGAAGGUACUGUGGGUGGUCCCCUAUUGUUGGAGGUUGUUAGAAAAUGUCAGCAGAAAAAGAUUUCAGGCACUGGAGAAGUGGCUGCAGUUCUAAGUGAUGGUGUGUGCCCUUCAUCAAGAUCAUCUGAUGGAAGAUCAGGUUCACAGCCUGUACCGAGUAAGGUUGCUGAAACCACUCAAAGCGACACAAGUGUCUCGUCGGGGGACGCCACCAAAAGUAGCAUCCAUUUUCUGCCUAAUGAAACCAAGUUAGAUCCUCAACUACAAAACAAAGACUUAAAUACCAAAGAAAAAAACGAUCUGGGUGUGGAUGAGGAUGAUGCAGAGGGAGAUUCUUUUUUUGAUGAUCCCAUACCCAAACCAGAAAGAACUUACGGCUGGAAAACGGAAUCCAGUAAAGCAGGAGGUUUAGCAUCUCUUUCUGAUGCACCACCUUUAAAAAGCGGUGGGAGCUCCCUGACCAGCGCCCCUUUGCUAAAGGACCCUGAUGAUUUGAAUAGAAACUCUGUUUUGAAAGACCUGCGCUUAGUGAAUGCAAAACUCGGAUCUUUAGAAUUAGGAAAUGGAGAUGAAGAUGAGUAUGCUGAUGACUUCAACAGUACUAGUCAUCGCUCAGAAAAAAGUGAUAUCAGUAUUGGUGAAGAAAUAGAUGAAAUUUCUGUGGAAACAGAAGACUUGAAUACCAGUGAUAAACUUGAAGACAUCACGCAAGACCUUACCAUUUCUCAGUUAAGUGAUGCUGCAGAUUAUCUAGAAGAUGUCGCAUAGGGCUGGAUGGAAAAAAUGUCCCAUUGUGUUGGAUUGGAAGACUCUUGUGGACUGUUUAUUUCAGACAAUCAUUUUUUGCUGGAAUGUCCACUCCCUAUUUGUGCCUUGUGUUUCAAAAAGACUGUCAGUGGAGAGGGCUUUCAAAUAUUCUUCACGCGACCUAAAUGAAACCAUGGGUUCCUAUUUGCAUCUAAUAUCAGAAUAAKUUUUUUGUUUGAUUCAGCCAAACUUUUCACACCAGGAGUUGGAUUUUCCCAGCAGAAUGCCUGCUGCUGGCAGUGGGCAUAAUAAUCCAGUCUAUAAGAGAACAUCUACCCAGAAGCAUGUGACUUUAUUACAAACUUACACUGUUAUUGUAACAGUCUGCAUUUUUUUUUAAAGAUAACCAAAGCAAGAACCUUCAGAGGUAGUGCUUCRGCUUACACUUGCGUUAACUCAGUUUUGUUGGGACAGCAUGGAUUGCAUAAUUUAUGGAAAAUCUAACCAGAGUACUUAAUUGCUCCAGACAUACUUGAAACUGCUGUUUUUCAGAAUUUUCUGAAAGACUUCUUCUUUUUAAAGGCAUAUCAAGUUGAGAGCAUCUAAACUCACAAAUCUAUUCAGAGGAGCUGAAUUUCAUAUAAGUCUUAACUCUGAAUAUUCUUGUUUAAAUAUGUUUGUCAGACCAUUGGUGUUAAGACCUAAACUGUUUUUAUGUUUCAUCGUUUUGUCAAGGUUAACAGUUGCUAAAUUGUAAGACGUAAUUGUGUAAGGAUCCAUGAGUCAUUAAUGCACAGCAUUGAAGACAGGACAAAGACCCAAGAUGAUUUAGCUGACGGUUUGUGGAGCUUUUAUUAUUGAGAGCUCUUUGCUAUCGGCUCACUUUCAUUCUUUAAAAUCCUUGUUACGUAAAAAUAAGCGAACGAGCGCCAGAAAGUGUGAAACCACUAACCUUCUGGUUUUCAGACUGACUACAGUACAGAUUAAAAUCCAAAUAGUAAAAAAUAGCCCACUGAAGACACUGUACACACUAAAUUCUMGCUAAGAGCAACUUUUUUCUAUCUUCAUUAUGCUCUUGAAAAACAGGGUCAGCAGUGGAAACAUUGACAGCUCCUAACGAUACUGUUGUGCAUGGCGCUGCCAUAAUAUGUAGGUCAUGGACAUUUGUAAUACUGAAACAAGACUUCAAAAUGAGCACUUUCUGAAAAUACACAUGUAAGUGAAUAGAAAUGACUUAAUUGCUUUUUUAGACUUUGUAAUCUUGUUUCAAGAAAACUGUUAGCCUCUCACCACACCAUGUCCAUCUCAGAAGCAGUAUGCGAAACUAAAGCCAUUGGUUAAGCAUAUACAAGAGCUGCUGCUAGUGUUGGAUGCAGACUUAGAGCUUUUUUGCACUGGGCCAGCAGGCCUGGAGCGGUGCUGGAAAGCUGUCUUGUACAGUACUUAGAUCAUUUGCAAGGGGAGAGCAAAAGCGUGCCUUUUAUUUAUGUGCCCCCCAAAAUAGCCAGCAAAAAGCAAUGAAGUUUUAGUCAUGGUGGUUUUUUUAUUUACUUUGUGCCAUAUUGUAGCAGCAGAACACAGAGGAGAGACUUUUUUUUUUCUCACCCCCAAAGUGGAUGCGCCCUAGACGUCAAAUAGUGAAGAUCCUGUAACAUGUGGCACACCUGGUGUAUAGAAUCCUUUAAGUGUGAGAGAACCUGUGCCUCGAGAUACGUGCAAGUUUUUGUUUUGAUUUUUAAGAGCAACAGUG